AUGUCAGUCAAGGACGAACAAGUGCAACAAGAUUCUUAUAAAGCAUUUGAAAAUUAUGAUUUUGACAAUGACGAACAGUUUCAACUGGGCAUUGCGUCACUUUUAGCCAGUAACCAAGACAACAAAGAUCAGUUAAUAUUAAAAGCCAAACUAUUCUAUUAUUCAAAGUUCUUUACUCCUAUUCAAUAUGAUGAAUACAUAAAAUGGAAAGAUGAGAAUAAGAAGGGAUUAAACCUUAAUACUGAAAACACGGAUAAACCAAUUCGAUUUACGUUUCAAGAAAUAGUGGAUAUGAUUGAAAAGGGAAUUGAAAUACCAGGCAUCAAACAAAUACCAAACACGUUAAAUGACGGUACACCAAGUCAAUCACAAAUGAAAGCGAGACCAAAGCCAUGGGAAAUAAAUAAGGAGAAAUAG